CCACCCUCGGGGAAGGGGCCACUCGCGGCCCAGGUGAGGAGCGGGCGGGAGGGCCGGCGGAGCAGGUGGCAGUGCGAGGGCGGGAGCUGACCGGGUGCUUCUACCUCGCAGCCCUCCGACGCGGAGGGGAACUCGAAACGUCCGGGCCAGGGGGCUGGGAACUCCUCCCGUGUGUCUGAGAUUGGAGAGGGACAUGGGGGCCGACGCAGGCGCUGACCCCGGCCCUGCCGGGGACGCGGGCUCUGCGGGCUCAGGGACCUAAAGCUGCCCCGGAGUCAGCCUGAGCGGGGCAGAGGUCGAGCCUUUGCUGGGGUCUCUGCAGCCGCGGGUGGGCUCCUGGCUGUGCGCCACUCCCCGUUGUGCCCCAUUUGUCGUUCCGUGAGACGAGUGGUGCCCGCGCGGAGACCUGCAUGCGGCACCCGAGCCCUCGCCACGGGAGAGGUGAACGGGUAAGGGCGGAAGGACUAACACGGAGACCCUGGAGUCCUAGCGGAGGCGCUCAGGAUGGCGAGGGGUGUGUGGCCGGUGCUACCCCCGAGGAAGAGUUCCACAGAACAGGGCUUGGCGGGAGCCAGAGGCGGCGGUGCGCCGGGCCUUCCCGCCUCCGCACUUCACAGCUGCCUUCCUGUCUGAAUUCAACUGGCCGGAGCGUCCACGGUUGGUUUCAGGGGUGCCCAGCCUUGCACUCUGCUUGCAGCCCCAGACGGAGAAGGCACUCUCCGCCCUGCUGUUUCUCCCUGAACUGAAUGCAGCCUCCACUGUUUCUGGCCCUAGAGAUCGAAGCUGUGGGCCUGAGCUCCCCAUUUGAAUUCCCGGGGAGGGAGUUGGCUCCAGCCCGGAUCCCGGGCCCAAGCCGGCUGUCACGAAGUGCAGGAAGCCCCCCGAAUGUUGCUUCCCCCGGCUGCGCGCACGGUGGCCGGGACUACGCGGCGGCUCCGCAGCGGGGCUCCUGCAGCUGCGCGCGGGCUCCGGCUUCUACUGCGGGAGCAGCGAACCGAAUCGUUCCCACGCUUCCUCUCCAUCCCGGACCUCUCAACACCCGCCAACGAAUGCCGUGGCCGGUUUGCGCCGACGCCGACCCCUGCGCCGGUCCUGCGCCGCCCGGAGCGGGGACUUCGCGCGGCGCUCACGCUCGGGCCGCCCGCCUGCGCGCCGGGAGCCACCGCGUUCCCCCGAGCGCCCGGCCCAGCAGCGCCGCGGAGCUUCGCGCCGCGGAGGUGGUGCCGUGGCUCCGAAGGACGCUACCCGCGUGGACGCGGCCGCCUCCUGCCCCGGUUCCCGCUGAGCUCCCGCAGGGCCGUGGCGGCCACGGAAAGAGCAAGCCGGGUCGCUAUCCCGGCGCCCGAGUCCCGGGGCCGCUGCGUGGGAGUCCGCCCUCCGCCUCCCCAAACGCCCCAGACCCCGAGACACGGCCCAGCCUCCUGGUAACUUCGCAGACGCUCCGGGUCGGCCUGCGCCGCGAUCCACAGGCCGGCUUGCAAAGCCCCUCCUCUCUGUCCUCUCUCGGCUCUGGUCCCUGCUCCCACACCGGCCACCCUCUUAGUUUGGAAACCGAAUUUCGCCUUCGGUCCUGCGGGCCGACAGGACGCAGACGUAACCCGGCAAAUGCCCUGCGGGGAUUGCUUCCCGCCUCGGCUGCAGCAUCUGUGAAGUGGCGCCCCACUUUCCCGCGCCCCUCUCGCUGGCUUCUGCGGGUGGGUCGGAGAACCGACGGACUGUUGGGAACCCUGGAGGGGCUAGCGCAGCCCACACCUGGGGCCGUUUGCCGGUCGAGGCCCAGAGGCGGUGCCCAGACUGGAAGGGCCCCGGCCUGUCCCGCGGUGCAUCCCGCGUCCCCUCCAGGGCUCGGUGGAGGGGGUGAGGGUCCAGCCCCGCCGGCUGGGCGGCUCCUCUCCACCCCUGCGCGUUCCUCCGCGCCGCGAUGCAGGGAGGCCGAACACCCCAGCCGCCCUACUGUCGGGCCGUACUACCGGGCUCCCCAAACCCCGUGGAGGGCGGAUCCGGGGCUGCAGGGGCGAGGACGGGCGGCAGAGGCCUUAGUCCCAGGGCUUGCAGUGUCCAGUUCCCCAGCCCUCCUUCCCUCCUGCAUCCUGGAGGAAGCUCCAGUGAAGGAAUACCGGAGGCCCAGAUGGCAGGAACACACCUGCACCCAGCACAGACCCAUGCACCCACUGCAGCCCAGGCCAGUGAAGAGACCUCACUGAGGACCCACUGUGUGCCAGACCUGCAGUUCCAGGGCAUCUUGUGCCUCUACAAAGCCACAGGGCUGGCCCAAGUUUGGGAGCCUUCGUGAAUAAAAGAAUGAGUCAGUAAUGAAUGAAGAGCACUGAGUGAGAAGGAAGUGAUCUUUAGAUCUGAUUUCAGCCCCAAAGACCAGAGGCAAUGGGGGGAGCGGUGAUCUUACUGGACAUCACAGUGGAGGCAGCAGCCCUGCACUGAGCACCUGAGUCUUAGUGACCUGUCCUUCACCUAUCCCGACUUGCAAAGGGCUGCCCUGCUUCAGCAGCCUGAUCCAGUCCCACGUGAUGGGGACACAGCAGUGAGCAAGCCACCCAGGUACCUAGCUGCAUGCUGGAAAAGGCAGCUAGCUUGCUCAAGGGGGCCUCUGCGGGAUGAUGGGGGCAGAGGGUGAUGGCAGAAAGAGAAACUUGGUCUAUCUGUGGGGCUCCCUGGCUUGCAGUGGUGGAACACAGGUGGCCGGGGCUCCCGUGCCAGGCAGGAUGCUGGCCUCUGCCCCACAGCUGGUCUCUGCUGUGUCAUGGCACUGUGUGGCCCUCACAAUGAUCCCGUGUGGUAGGAACUAUAAUGGUUUGCACCUUACAAAUGGAAAACUGGUGCUUAGAGGUACAGGGACAUGUCAUCAAGGCAGGAGAGUGAGAUCCAUCUGUCUGACCACAAAGCCCUCCUCCAGUGACAUGAACAGCCAAGUGAUGGGCUCCAGGGUGUGUGCUCAACAGAGGCACUGCUGCAGAGGGAUCUGUGUUUGGAAUGCCUUCUUGAGUUUCUUGGCAGUGCCAAGAGUGUGAGCCCCAGAGGGUGUGCUGGCAUCGUGGUCACCCACUUGCUCCCGACAACCACCAGGAUAUUUGUUUGUGGGUGUCCAGAAAGACUGAGCCACUUGCGAUACGUAUUUCCUCUGAGUCCAGCCCUUGCUGGGAAGUCCAGGUCCCCUUCUCCUUCCCAACACAUACCUUCAAGGGCAGACACCCCAGAACUGUUCUUUGGCCCUCACUGGGACAGGCUCCACCAUCCCCCCACCUCAGCCGGUGGCUUCACAGGCUCAGUUCAGGGCUAACAUGCCAAGCAAGUGAUGCUCAGUGUCGAGGCUUCUACCAAGGCAUUUCCAAUCAUAAAAAAAUAUGUGUCAGUUAAGUGUGUGUUGAGCCUGGACCACAUGGGACAUAGUUGUUCUAAUAAACACGAGUAAGCCAGUUUUCACAUUAGAGAAAUAACAGUUUCUAGCAGAAAUGUGGUGCUGUUAAAAGGGGUUAAUUAAUAAACAGCAGGUAAUUGUUCAUGGCACAUUGUGGCAGAGAGUAAUUUCCAUUUUAGAGGAUGGAAGGGCCAAAUACCCUCCCCACUCAGCAUUUUUGUGUAAUAAUCACCUUGGCUUCACCUCCGCCUUUAAUUUUUACAGCUGGAGCUGUUUACCAUCUUCCAACUUUCACUAAAAAGGAAAAACCAUCGCUUAAACAAAGCCAUUGAGAACUCAGCAUCAUAUGUGGAUUUCUUAACAUAAAUAAAUCAUACAAACCAAGAUUUAUGUUCUCCGAAUGAUGUCAUUCAUUGAAGGCUGCCUUCCCGAUCAGAUCAGCCUCUGCCGAUUUCCUUGUGUGUGUGCGCGCGCGCGCGCUUUCUGCAAAACAAGGGAGGCAGUGCUGGCCUCGGCCUCACCACUCCUGUCUCUCUGCUCAGCCCAGGACUCCAGCAAGGCCUGCCUACAUUCGCCCAGGUUCUUACCAUUUCAACCCCAUGAAUCGCUGUAAAGCUUUGCUUCUGAACAGUAAGUUCGGAGGCUGGAAGACUGUUCAAGCUUCCCGGAGAAUUUCUGCAGACCCCAGUGGGAGCUGAAGGUCCUUUGGCUUCUCCAGAGUCUCCAGUGAUGCUGGCUACAGAGGAAUCACUUUGAAAUGAAUGAGGAACAGAAAAAAAUCACCUUUAAUGGGGGAAUGAGAUAUGGUUUACCCUUACCAUGGAGGAAUCUAUGGUCAUAAAAAGGAACAAAGUCCUGCCACACGCUGCAACUUGAAUGAACUCAACAUCAUUCUCAGUGACAGAAGCUGGUCAUGAAAGGCCACGUGAUAUAUGAGUCCAUUUAUAUGAAGUAUCCAGGAUGGGCAAAUCCAUAGGGAGAGAAGUUGGAUGAGUGGUUGCCAGACACUGGGGCAGGAGUAAGUGUGUGUUGGGGGGUGACUGCUCAUAAUAGAUGUGGGGCUCCUUCUAGAUGUGAUGAAGAUGCUCUGGAACCAGCUGGUUGAGAUGGUUGUACAACACUGUGGAUGUAUAAAUACUACUGAGACGUUCACUUUAAAAUGGUCAAUGUUGUGAUAUGUGAAUUGUAUCUCAAUACACCUGGCA